GACAGGAAAUAUUAAUCAAACUCAUAAAAAUCUUUCUACAGUUCUCAAGAUUCCAAUCCCACCGCCACCCAAUACUCCCAUAAAUUCUUCCUACAAAUCCCCACUAACUCCGCCCCCUCUCCUCCUCAGCACGGAGGAGGUCCGCCGUGGAAGGUAUUCUGAACUUAUUAAAGCAAAAUACACACUGAAAGGUGAGAAUGUUGCUGAGAAGCUCAUCAACUCCAAUCUUGAACUCAUGGCUACCCAGUUCUGCAUCCGGGUCGGGGUCUUCGCCGGAAUCCGAUACCCUGCCCCAGUUGACAAGAACGCGAUCCGUCUGUCUGACGACGUCGUUUGAGGAAAGCUCCUGUAGGAGCACGCCAACCCGGAUCGCGGACUCCAGAGACCCGGCGAAGCCCAAGAAGAGCUUGAGGCUGCUCGCGACCCCGAAGCCCGCGAAAAUCCAGGAGAGACGAGAAGGGCAGGAGGUGGUCUCCUUUUUCCUGUCGAGCUCUGGCUUGGGCGCGCCGGUAGAGGAGGAGGGCUGUUUGGCGGUGGCCGAGAGGCAGAGAAUGCCGCAGUCGCCGGUGGUGGGCGGCAGCGGAGGUAGCGGUGUCGGAGGUGGCAGGACGUGUGGUGGCGGGAGAGGGUCCGGUGACGGGUCGGGUUCGGGUUCACAGGACCCCGGGAGGUGGCGUGGACGCCAUAGUACGGACCUGUACUAUGAGAUGAUGAUUGAGGCUAAUCCCGGAAACUCUCUCUUGCUAGCAAAUUAUGCUAAAUUCUUGAAAGAGGUGAAGGGAGACUUUGCAAAAGCAGAGGAGUAUUAUGAGAGAGCAAUUUUGGCUAACCCCAGUGACGGCAACGUGUUAUCACUCUAUGCUGAUCUAAUAUGGCAGACGCAUAAAGAUGCUGAUAGAGCCGAGGCUUAUUUUGAUCAAGCUGUUAAAACUGACCCCAACGACUGUUAUGUGCUGGCUUCAUAUGCACGGUUUUUGUGGGACGCCGAGGAUGAUGAGGAAGAGGAAGAGGAAGAGGCUGAUGCCAUAAAUAGCAAACAGGCAGCAUCACAGACAUAUAAUUCACCUUCCAAGAUCUUCCACAACGAAUCUCAUCGGCCUCCUCUUGCUGCAGCCUCUUAAUCUAAUGCCUCCCUCUAUAUAAUCUUAGUCGGUGAUGAAGUGCAGUCAGAAGAGCUUGGUAUUUGGUAGCCCUUUACGGUUUCCGCGUACUGUUGUAAAUAUAGAAAGAAAGAUGAAGAAGACUCUCUUCACUGUAACUCUUCAUUAUCAAUAAGUAAUAGCAUAUUAGCUCCUGACUGUAACCUUCUUAUAUGAGAAAUAAUCGCAUAUUAGCCUUUCCUGUGUACUUCUGUUCGAGAAACUGAUGAUUCUGAAUGCACUGCUACACAAAUAUCUGAGGAGAGAUGGUUUCUGCUGUUCAACAAA